CACGCCGGUGUUUACGUGUUUCAAGUUCAUUUGUGACCUUUGUUCGGAUCAGAGUAAAAAUGGCGACCACAAGCGGACACACAAAACCUCUCUUCUUCCUCGGACUUCUCAUGUCUUCGAUCCCAGCAUGCAAAGGCAUGUUCCUGGAGAGACCUGAAGCAAGCGUUUUCCUUCAUCGUACCCGUCGGGCCAAUUUUCUUUUCGAGGAGCUCAAACAAGGAAACCUGCAGCGUGAAUGUUUGGAGGAGAAAUGCUCCUACGAGGAGGCCAAGGAGAUCUUCGCUUUGCCGCAGCAGCUGGAGGUUUUCUGGAGGACGUACACAGCUGUGGAUCACUGCCUGUCAUCUCCCUGUAAGAAUGGCGGUACCUGCACUCGCCAGAUGAACACCUUUGUGUGCAAAUGUCCGCCUGGAUUCCAUGGAUCCACCUGUGCCAAAGUGCGCGUGACAUCUGUGGGAUGUCGCUACAGAAAUGGAGGAUGUGAACAUUUCUGCAGAGACCUUCCUGACCGCACACGCACUUGCUUUUGCGCUCCAGGGUACAGUUUGGGUGAGGACAACAGCACGUGUACCCCCCAAGAUGCAGUCUCCUGCGGAAGACCAAUCACCCAUUUUGGCCCGAGGGUGGUCAAUGGUCAGAUCUGUCCCAAAGGACAAUGUCCCUGGCAGGCUCUCCUGACUGACAACCACGCCUAUGCCUGUGGUGCCAUUGUCCUGUCGACUCAGUGGAUUCUCACUGCAGCUCACUGCGUCUGGAGAAAACCAACCAGCGUCUUCCAUGUCAUCGUGGGCGAACAUGACCUGGAGGUCGACGAGAAGACCGAGCAAAAGCGACGAGUAUCCAAAUUACUGAUCCACCGUGGCUACAACCAGUCCAGCUAUGAUAGCGACCUGGCGAUGCUGAAGCUUCAUCGUCCCAUCAAACUGGGACGCUACGUGGUUCCUAUUUGUCUGGCCGCCAAGAACAGCUCUUUCAGCCGCAUGCUGGCAGCUGUGAGACACAACACCGUGUCAGGGUGGGGUCGCCUGACCGAGAACGGCUCCACUGCCAGAUUGCUGCAGCGCUUGGCACUACCACGUGUGCCACUACAGGAGUGCCGCCUGCACACCGGACUCAACAUCACCCGGAACAUGAUGUGUGCCGGGCUGCAGAAUGGCGGCCAGGAUGCAUGCAAGGGCGAUAGCGGUGGGCCGCUAGUGACGCGCUACAAGAAAACCUGGUUUCUGACUGGUGUGGUGAGUUGGGGUAAGGGCUGCGCCGGGAAGAACCGCUACGGCGUUUACACCAGAGUCAGCAACUUCCUGGACUGGAUACAACACACCAUGUCCAGGGGGUGAAAGCAGGAAUACCCUCGCAAAUCUACGACACCUUAUUUGGUUUUGCUUGUUGAGAUUGUUUCAUUUGAGGUCAUUAAAAAUGACAAACACAUUCUGUAUAUAUUUUCUCUGCUGGUUGUCAGCAAAGAUAUUAUAUAAAUGUUGUACUUUUAUUCUACUAGCCAGGAGGUUAGCAACAACAUGUGGGAACAUACACACAUUGGACAGGACAAGCCCAUGUUUCAUUUCCGAGGUUCUGAAAUACUACCAUGAAUUCCCCUUGGACUGGAGUGUUUGCAGUGCUAGGCUGCAUCCAGAUCUGGGGGUCUCAAGCUUUUGGACCCUGGGGGGACAAACUUGUCUCCUACAGAAGAGAGCAGCACCCACUCAGAUAGCAACACUGCAUUAGUAACUCUCUUGAUCGUAAUCCUAGUCGAUAUUGUACGUACAGUACAAGCCAAAGGUUUAGACACAACUUCUCCUCAUAAAGUACUUCUGGUUCUCA